AAAAAAACCGCAACCCCUACGCUGACGAGAACGCCCGCACAGCACCGCAGGAGACACCCUGCCCCGCUCCCUCAGCGGGGUGAGUCUGGCGAGGGUGGUGAGCCCCGCUGUGCCCGCGCGAUGCCCAGCCUCGGCUGCUAUCCUGCCGGGAGAGGAGACGUGCAGCUGCAACCGCAGCAGCUGCAGCAGCAGGGUCGGGAGAUGACUGCGGCGACUGCGGCGGCGAUGAAGAUGCUGGUGGCGCCCGCGCACCCGGCCACCUCCUGCUGCUCGUGCAGGAACGCGGCCGUGUUCCACACGAUCAACGCGCUGCUCGACAACAACCUGGACCUGAGCGGCUUGUGUCGAUGCACGCCAGCCGAGUGCCCGGCGGCUCCGUGCGAGGGCUCCGCGCCUUCGCCGCAACCGUGCCCGGCCACGGCGUGCCAGCAGGCCUCUGCCGACUGCGCGAAGAAACCGCAGCGGAGGCAACAGCAACAGCAGCAGCAACGGGAAGACACGGACGAGGGCGAAGGGAACGCCGUCAUCGCCGCGCGGAAGAUCGAUUCUGCCCAGCGCGACGGUGGCGACGCGGCGGCCGACGGGAACGGGAAGGAGGUCCGAGGUGCAUCGACUGUCGACGUGGAGCUCCUCCGUUUCGCCAUUUCGGAAUUCCUCGGUAGCGGCGGCAGCACGCAGCGGAAGGUCGCGGGGGAUACGGGUGGUGACGUCGACGUGGCCGCGUUGGUGCCGCACUGCAAAGUGACGCAGCUGAGCAGUCGGCAAUUAGCGAGGAGUGGAGGUGAGGAGACGGAGGCGCCAGCGGCCACCAAGAGGUCGUCUGUUGCGGCGGUGACGAGGAAGUCCCGUGACGGGCCGACCGGGAGGGUCCCGCGGGUCAUGGAGGCCAGGCCGGUCGCCCCGGCCGAUGCGGCGGUCUGUCACAUCGAGAAGGAGGCGCUCUUGCACAAGAAGUCUGCAGUGGUGAGCGACGCCAAAUGCGGGUGGAGUGGCAAGCUUCCCAAGAGAAGUCACCAGAGUCCCACCUAUUCCUGCAAGGUGUUCAUGGGUGGCGUUCCCUGGGACAUCACCGAAGCUGGGAUCUUGAACUCCGUGAAGAACUUUGGGCCUCUGGUGGUCGAGUGGCCGGUGCGAGACGGGAAGCAACAGACGGCUCGCAAGGAAGCGUUUCCCAAAGGCUACGUGUACAUUCUGUUUGAGCAAGAACGGUCGAUACGCGCCUUACUGCAGGCCUGCAAAACCAACUACAACAACGCCUUCGGCUGCAACAUGUACUACUACGAGGUGUCGAGCCGCAAAAUGAAGAGCAAAGUGGUGCAGGUGAUUCCCUGGGUGGUGGCCGACAGUAACUACACCAGCUUCCCGUCCCCGCGGCUGGAGAGCCACAAGACUGUGUUUGUGGGCGCUCUGCACGGCAUGCUCAACGCCGAGGGGCUGGCGGUGAUCAUGAACGACCUGUUUGGAGGCGUCGUCUAUGCUGGAAUCGACACGGACAAGUACAAGUACCCCAUAGGGUCUGGCCGCGUAACCUUCAACAACCCCACGAGUUACAUGAACGCCGUGACGGCCGCCAUCGUGGAAAUAAAGACGACAAAGUUCACCAAGAAGAUCCAGAUCGACCCAUACCUGGAAGACUCCAUUUGCCAAGUCUGCAGCCACAGUCCCGGAAACUUCUUCUGCCGUGCCACGGUCUGCUUCAGCUACUACUGCCGGAGCUGCUGGCAGCUGAGGCACUCGGCGGAGGGGCUCAGCUCGCACCGGCCGCUGAUGAGAAACCAGAGGGUGAAGACGGCGCAGUGAGAUCUCCUCCUGGGCUUGCGUCGUCUCCUACGAAAUUUGUGCGGCAGUCCUAUAUUUUUUGUUCGUGUGAAGUGUGUGUGUGUGUGAAGAGUGGAGAGGUGUGUGGUGUUGAUGUUAUUCCUUUGCGACUGUUUGUGACCGCACGCGUCUGUCCCAAAUCUCUGCUCCCGGCAGCCACGAGCAGAUUCCGGCGACUUCACCACCCCAGCCCCCCACCCCCUGUAAUUUA